AUGGCUGCCAACGCCAAGUACCAGCCCGCGCCGAUCCAGGAUCCCGAGGAGGGCUCCUGGUCGCAACCUCCUCCCUCCUACCAAGCCCAGGAGGCCAACAGCUCCACCGCGCCCUUAUUUGGCGACGCACCCAGGAGCAGCGAAGACAACAUUCCCGAUGACUUCAAGUUUGGCGGGUCCGUAGCUGAGGCUACUAUCGACAUUCGCAACCAGUUCAUUCGCAAAGUCUACACCAUCUUGACGGCCCAACUCAUUCUGACGGCCGUCGUGAGUGGUCUCAGCUUCUGGAGUGAGAGCUACAAGUCCUGGAUUCAGUCUCACCCUGCUAUGGUCUGGAUAUCUCUGUUCGGUUCCAUCGGUUUCAUGUUCUUGACGUACUGGAAGCGCAAGUCGUACCCCACCAACCUGCUCUUCCUCUCCGGUUUCACGCUUCUCGAGGCCUACACCAUCUCCGUUAUCGUCUCCUUCUACAAGACCCAGAUCGUACUGAACGCCGUCAUCCUGACCGGCGGGAUUUUCGUCUUCUUGACGCUCUUCGCCUGCCAGACCAAAUACGACUUCACAAGCUGGAUGCCGUAUCUUUUUGGUGCGCUGUGGGGCCUUCUCCUUUUUGGCUUUAUGGCUGCCUUCCUGCCGUACAGCUCCACUGGUGAACUCAUCUACGGUGGUCUUGCCGCUCUGAUCUUCUCGGGUUACAUCCUUGUCGACACCCAGCUUGUUCUGCGCCACCACCAUGUCGAGGAGGAGAUCGCCGCCGCUAUCAGCCUGUACCUGGAUAUCAUCAACCUAUUCUUGGCCAUUCUGCGCAUCUUGAACAGCCAGAGCAAUAACUAG